AAGAAGUUCGGAGGUCGGUGCUCCGAGGUCGACUUUGUGCAUUUCAGAUUGACCCACAAGCAGGGGCACACCACAGGGGGGAGAUGGAACAUUUCCCAGCUUGGUGGCUUUACGGACAAGUGGGAUACUUUGCUGUACGUUUCCGCAAAGGGUAUGUUCGAAGCGGAUUUGCGGCGCCACAACGUCAAUCCCGAAUCAUGCGCUGCGUGUUUCGCCCAUAGACUGCCCCACUGA